CACGUGCCACAGCACACUCCGCUGAAUCCCACGCUUCAGAGGAAAAAUUCUCCCCACACUGGAGUCCAGAGGGGCAGCAGAGUGUGGGGGUGUUAUCCAGCUUUCAGGGAAAAAGAGGAUGUUGCUCCUUAUCAAUGUGAUGAUGCAGAGUUAAUUAGUAAAGAUGAAGAAGCAAUACUGCUGGAAUGCAGUCGUGAUUUGGAAGAAUGAGAUCAGAAUCAGGCACGAGAACUCAUGUUAAUCUCUGUUUUAUUAAUGAGUUUGGCAGGUUUAAUUAAGGAUUUUAGGUGAUGUGGUGAAAAGUCAGAUUCGUGCCUCUUAAAUGUGUACCUUAUAUGCUCUUUAGUGUAGUAUUUGUAUUCUUCUUUCACCUUGAUUAUGCUGUCUAUCUUGCAUUUAUUGUCAAGAUAAUUCCAAGUCUCCUUUUACAAGAGUCCUGACGGAGAGUUUAAAAUGGGGGAAAAAAAGCCGUUUUACGGCUUUUGCGAGUUUAACAUUUACAAUAGUCCAAAAUAACAAUAAUUUUUUUUAUUGUUGAAAAAAACAAAAACAAAACAAGCACGCUUAAUUUGACCACAUCUGUCAUUUCCCGUUAAAUGAGCUUAAUAAUUUCUCAUUUUAGCUAUAACUAAUGCUCUUUUUUUUUUUUUACUUUUACCCAGAAGAGGAGAGAGGAGAGAGAUCAAGUAGCCCACACACUGUGCAGUGUGUGCGGAGGGGUGAUGCCUCGGGAGCGCAUCACAGGACACAAAACCCCACUGCAAGACGCAGUGCCAGAAGAGAGCAGCUUUGGCAGGAGAGCUUGUUUUCUGUAGAUUAGAGUGGGGAGAAAGAAGGAAGUUAGUCCGUUAAAAAACUAACAAACAUAGGUUUUCUAUCAUGUCGGAAGCCUCCUGAAUAUCUUUGCCGAAGAGGAAACAAUGUAGUUGAAAGAAAAGGGAAUCUCCACCGGUGAAGAGAUCCGGGGAUGCAUGGACACGGUUACGGGUGAUUAGUGUAAUUUUGCAGCUGCAAAAUAAAGACUGGAUAUGCGCAGAAAAACUGGGGAGAAGUGAGUUUCGGGUGUCCACAGGAUGGACACUGCGGAGGUAAUUCUCUCGGUGCUGGUGGUUGUGAUUAUUAUAGUGUCGCUGCUGUCCAACGUCCUGGUGCUGAUCUGCUUUUUGUAUAACCCGGAGAUCCGCAAGCAAGUCCCCGGUCUGUUCAACCUCAACCUCACCUUUUGCAACUUGUUGCUGACCGUCUCCAACAUGCCGCUCACUUUAGUGGGACUUAUCAGUAAAGCUCAGCCGGGGGGAGAUGGCUUCUGCCAGAUCGUGGGCUUCUUGGAGACUUUCCUGUCCACGAACUCGAUGCUGAGCAUGGCAGCUCUGAGCAUCGACAGGUGGAUCGCGGUGGUGUUCCCCCUGAGGUACCACUCCAAAAUGCGCCACAAAGACGCGGCUUUUGUGCUCGGGUACACGUGGGCGCACUCCAUGUCCUUCUCCACGGUGGCCGCCUGUCUCUCCUGGGUUGGAUACCACCGGCUUUACGCAUCCUGCACCCUGUCCAACCCCAGAGCGAGCAGUCGGACACAGUUUGUCGUCUUCACCAUCUUUUUCCACUCUUUCACCUUUCUUCUGUCUUUCAUAGUAUUAUGUGUCACAUACCUCAAAGUACUCAAAGUAGCAAGGUUUCACUGUAAGAGGAUCGACGUUAUUACAAUGCAAACUUUGGUGCUUCUAGUGGAUAUACACCCCAGUGUUCGUCAGCGUUGUCUGGAGGAGCAGAAGAGGCGACGACAGAGAGCAACGAGGAAGAUCAGCACCUUUAUCGGCACCUUCAUGCUCUGCUUCGCUCCCUAUGUAAUCACGAGGAUCGUGGAGUUAUUUCCAGCGGUGCCUAUCAACCCUCACUGGGGAAUUGUCUCCAAGUGCUUAGCUUACAGCAAGGCAGCUUGCGACCCAUUUGUGUACUCCCUCCUCCGACACCAGUACAAGAAGACAUGCACUGACAUCAUCAACAAGCUGCUGAAGCGCAGCUCCUUGAACGCGUCCGGACGCCGGCACGAGAGCCAGGUGAACAGCAUACCCACCGUGGAGUGACCGGCAUUGCCCCGAUGGGAAGGUUAACCCGACAACUGUCAGGGAAAUAAGAACCUAGUUUACUGUCGAUGAAGAAGUGGAAUAAAUUUUGGUAGUUCCUGUCCAUGUCUGCUUGAAUUUGGUCUACAAAAAAAAGGAAAGAAAACAGAACAGACAAGGUCAACUCCCUGUACAGGAAUACCACUGCGCUUUCAUACCGAGUGCCCAGAACAGCAAAUCAGUGCAGUGAACUUGCUGUGAGGACAACAAAGAGCAGCAGAUUCCAUGUCCACCUGGAGAGGCAGAUGUGCUUACCCAGGAUGAAUGGCCACCUAAAAGUUUUAUUAUUUUAGGGUAGCUUUCAGUCAGAUAUGAGAUACAGUUUAUUAUAUACAGAUUUUGCAGUGUGUCUGUUUGUUUUGACAUAACUGUAAUAUUCAUUUUAUCUUAAAAAAGGGGGGUUGGCUGUAUGUGUGUUUUAGUCUGUGCAAAGUGUUUGCAGUAAUUUAUACAUGAAUUCUGUAUGUAGCACUGAAGACUAGUCUAACCAAAACUUGACGAAGUAGAAGAACAAGUUCCCAAAUUGUAUUACAGAUGAAAACAUACAGCAGACUGUGCACACUGCACAGGACGGCUCAGGUAUAGCCCAGUCCGAAUUAAGCAAAUUCUUUGGGUAUUUUUAUUUUUUAGUACAUUAUCUGGCUGCAUUAGUACCACUGGAUUUAAAUAUAUUUUGUUUUAUGUGUACUGGCAUUGUUUGUGCUUUAGCAUCCAUUUUAAGGACUUACUGAUCUGUCCAAGCAGAGUUUUAGCGGAAAGAAAAAACCUUCAAACCAAUUGCCAUUGCUGUCACGACUGACAUGUGGCCCUCAGGUUGUUUAGUCAAGUGAAGCAUGAUCAACUGUACUUGCCUGGGUUUGUACUCACAGUCACAAGUGACCCGUAGAGACUGCUCGAUGCUUUUUCACACAUACAGGAGGGAAAAUGCACGGGAUAUGUCUUUUGGCAAAAAGAUGAGAUGAUUUAAUAGAGAUGACAGCCACGGACACGAGAAAAUAUUAGAGCAAAGCACGUCUGGAUGUAGAAAUAAUCAGUUUCAAUGGGUAAAGUAAAAAAAGAAAAAUCUCUGAACAGCUAAGGCCAACUAAAUGUGCAAUGGUGAUAAUUGAGAGCACUUUUACCACACAAUAUUAUUAAAAUCAGUCUGAAUUACUGAAUAUACUCAAAACUAGGUAAGCUAAUCCUAGCUAAGCUAGGCUAGGAUUAAUAACUUGGACAACUUGGAAAACUGAAUGAUCCUAGUCUGUGAUUCCCAUUAGUCUUUUUUUUUCUCAGAUAGCCUGCAGCAGCAGGUUUGCCAACUACUUUGCCAGGAAGUCAGCUACAGGUAAGAGCUAGUAGUGAUAAUAGAUAAGUGGGCAGCUAAGCUACUAACACAGAUAUUAGAUAUUGAUACUAAUGCAAGGACUAAUGGAAGGACUCAAUUGUACUUAUAAAUAUAGCAUAUUGUUGUCUUUGCUGAUAAAAAAGGUUUUUCUUUUAAAUAAUCACCUGAAAGCAGUAGAAGGCAAAUGAAAAUCAUCCAGUGCCACUUAUAUUUAUAUAAAGCUUUGGCAAAUGAUGGUGAAAGGCACCAAAUAGAAAUGAUUAUGACCUUAUAAACUUCAUUUAAUGGGGACGUGCAAUAAACAAGUCUCUAACAACACCAGGCUACCAGUUGGACCCUAACUCUAACCCACCUAUCCCACUAACCCUACACAGUCCAGCUGGAAGGAAAAUAAUGAAGCCAGAUAAAAUUUUACUCAAAAUGAACUACUGAUACUACAAAAGUUAUUUCAUUUUUUUCUUGGUAAAGAGAUAAAAAUAAUAGUUUUAAGCAAUUUAGAAUUAUUUUGUUGGUUUGAUCCAUUAAAUCUAAACAAACAUCCAAAGAUACUGAAUUUGAUUUUAUAGAAGACUUUUAUAGAAGACUAUAGAAAAACAGUUAUAUUUACUUGUUUACAGUACAUUUUAAUUCUUUUUAUUUUUCUUGUCAUGUGGAAACAAAAUGCAUUAAGCUGUACAUCUGACAGUGAGAUAGGGAGUGAAAUGCAGUGCCAAAAUUACUGAUGAUGCCCAGUGAGCCAAAUAUAAGGAGAAGUAAUUAAUUUUCUAAAAGCAGAGAAGAAAACAAAAGAAGUGAAGACUAUUUUAUGUAGGGUGUAAGGAUUCAUGAUUUUAGGAAGGAGAAACAGUUGUCUUGACUAUAUCAUGCAUUGUAUGACGCUCCAAGACAGCUGAUGCCUUAAAUUCUAUAAUAUGUUAGUUUUAAGUUUUUCAGACAUAUAGACAUCUAGAACUAUAUUACUGGAAUCAAUAAUUGCCUUAUUCACUUCUGUUCAUCAACGUUACUCGAAAUCUGCUUCCUUUUUGUUAUCCUCUAAUUCUGAUUUCCUGAAGUUCUCACUUGCCCACAUUAAAUGUUUCUCAUAAAUGAUGACUAAAACGAAACCUAAAAGGAUACAUGUCGACAUAUUUAGAUGAAAAGCAAUGUGAAAAGUAUUUUUGAGUCUUUUCUAUGUAAAUGUAAUUUAUUGAGACAAUUUAUUGUAUGUCUGAGUUUUACAGAAUGUGCUGCUACAAAUGCAAAUGAAGUUUAACCUGUUGUGGAUCGGUGGCAAUGAGUGGAGUGUAAUAUACCUCAUUUUGUUUAUCAGUGGCUGACCUGACUGCCUAAAGUGUUUUGUUAUGUACCUCCUGAUUUAUCAAACCAUGGCUCGAUGCUGCUGCUGCUAAAGAUGGCUAAGAUGACAAACUGAUGAUGUUGGUGGUGAUGGGAUGAUUGCUGUUUCCAUAAUAUAUUUUUUUUUUAAUGGGGAUUGUAAUUGUUAUGUUGGUAAAAAUGACAAAGAUGACUGUUUUAGAUUUUAACCAUGAUGAUUAAACUGAUGACAACUGUUGUUGAUGCGACAACAAAGCAACACUUACUCUCACACUCACGCCAUAGAAACACAGCUCACAGUUGCGCAUAUAACUUUAGUUCUAUUUGACAUAAUGGAUAAGAUGAAUGCAUAAGAGGUCUUCAUGAAGCUUCUCAGCCUCUCGUAAUGGAGUCUUUGUGUCUUUGUUCACAGACAUAAACACUAGUGCAUCUUAAAAAAUUGAAUAUUGUAAAAAAGUCAAAUGUUUUGUGAUUUAAUUCAAAAAGGUAAAAUUCACACAGUGAAAUAAUUCCAGCCUUUUUGUUUUAAUGUACCUUAUUAUGGUUUAUAACUCAUGACAAUCAGAAACCCUGUAUCUGAAAUUACUAGAACAUUUCAUUUAGUGUUUCGAGUAUAUUGCUUUUCAGACAGUGUCUUAUUCGCUACAUGCAACCACAAUUACAGGAAAGACUGCAGACUUUGCAGUUGUUCAGAUGAAGGUCGUUAACACUCUCCACAAAGCACCACAGAAGGUCACUGUUAAAAAGGCUGGCUGUUCGCAGAGUGCUGUAUCAAAGCAUAUUAAUGGAAAGUUGACCGGAAUCGAAAAGCGCAGAAGGAAAAAGGUGCACAAUCAACAGGGAUGACCGCGGCCUUAAGAGGACUGACGUGCAAGGUUGAUUCAAGAACUUGGGGGAGCUUUACAAGGAGUGGGCUGAGGAUUGUGUCAGUGCAUGAAGGGCUAGACACACAGAGCUCUUGAAAGGAGCUACAACUGAUGCAUUCCUAAUAUCAAGCCACACCUGAACCAGAGAUGUCAGAAGGGUCUUACCCAGGCUGAGGAGAAAAAGAACUGGACUGUUGCUCAGUGGUCCAAAGUCUUUGAGUUGCUGGAGUUGGUGUUGGUGUCAGUCGGCCCAUUGUAUCUUGUCAGGAGCCAUAUUUCUUUUCCUUCUUUUUUCCCUCUUUUUUCUUUAACUUCCUGCUUUAGCAAGAACAAGCAAUAACUAUUUGGUGAAUAGAUAUAGACCGUCUGUCUUGCUGUAACACAGCUCAAAUGAAUUGUGUUGUCACCAAGUGUUUUAUGCAUUUUUAUUUAAUUUUAAUUUGGGUCUUCUCAAGAUAUUCAGUGAAAAGGAUGAAACCAUUCAAAGGUUGAUGUAGGGAGACUGUAUCUCUGUUUGAGUAUAAAUCAGUGCCUUGAGUCUCCAGUCUUUUUAGAUUUUGAGAAUGCAUCUGUGUUGGACAGAAAGGGGAAAAAAAUGCAAGGGUUUGACGAGAUGACUCUCAUGUAUCUGCGGCAAUUCAGACUGUUACCACGAGCAAUCAGUCUGAGUCACAGGGAUGCCAUUUUUUCUGUUCACACCACAAUGCAGGUGGUAAUGAAACAGCACCAGCUGACAGAGAAGGGCCUGACUGUAAAACACUGAUAUUCUGUACACUGAUUACCACCCCAGGAGCCAGUGAUUAUCUACAGGUGGGUGGCACUGACCAUCUAACACCGUUUAAUGGUGGUUGGCUUCAGCACACUCGGGCUCCCUUCAGUGAGAAAUAUACCACAACUCAAAGUGAAAAGUAGACACCUCACACUGCAAAACAGAAGAAUAUGUUGGGAUUUUUUUUUCUCCAUAUGAUCCUUUUGUUUGGGACUGGUUAGAUUAGGUUCAGAACCUACGCCUUGAUCUCUAGUCCUUUUAUUUUUUUAUUUUUUUAUUUGAUGUAACAUAGGUAUGAUUUGUAAAACUAAAUUAUGCUGUAAAUAUAGCACAACUGAAUCUUCAAUAUAAAACAGUAGAAUAAUAUCCCUUUUGGACUGGUACAAGAGAGAGAUCAAUAGCAGCAAGUGUGAAUAUUGAACUUCAAAAUUCCAAUUUUGGCAUUUGCCUCUGACAAGUGCUUUCAUAACUGAAAGGCACGUAUUUUACUUUUAAUUAGUAAGAGCUCAAUUUUUAAAAGUAACUCAGGAUGAUUAUUAUCUUCCUAUGUGAAAACCCCAAAACAUGUGGUUCUUAUUCCUCCAGUUGCUCUUUUCUUUCUCUCCCAUAUGCUACCACAUGCUUUUUGUUUGACUAUAUGGUCUAAAAAAAUGUGUGACAUAUUCUCACUAUGCUGCUAU